AUGGACUCCAUGAAUGACCAAGAAAAAACAGUCAUUCACUCCUUAUAUGGUCGCACCAUUGUCCGAGUCGGUAACAAGGUCGUGAAAUCAGGCAGGCUGCGCGUCCAAGAAGCUGAAACACUACGCUUCGUUGCGACCAACACAAAAAUCCCUGUGCCCAAAGUCCAUGAUGUUCAACGGGAGGAUGGAAAAGUCGUGGCUAUCGUGAUGGACUACAUGCCCGGCAAGCGACUUGAUGAAGCAUGGGAGACUUUAACCCCUGAUCAAAAGCUCUCCAUCGCCUCUGAGCUUCACUCCUACAUGAAACAACUUCGCGAGUUGAAAGGUAGCUACAUCGGCGCUAUUGACCACGGCAAAGCCAUAAUUGGACAGAUUGCACCACUUGAAGGCGGCCCUUUUGAGACCGAGCAGGAAUUCAACAACUUCAUUUUGGGAGAUAUGGUUAGGUUAGCUCCAGAUUUAUUACGACACUAUGCCAAAUUUGCGCUCAUGGAUGGUCAUGAGAUUGUUUUCACUCAUGGCGAUUUCGCCCCGCGCAACAUCCUUGUCGAAGGGGGCCGGGUGACAGCUAUUCUGGAUUGGGAAUAUGGUGGCUGGUGCCCGGAAUACUGGGAAGAUAUCAAGGCGCUGCGGGAAUGGAAGCCUAUGCCUGACUGGCCAGAAUAUAUGGCACGUAUUCUUCCACCGCGGUUUGAGAGAGAGUACAUCGGCAUGAGUUUCUUGGCUCGAGGUCUCUUGAGACAUUAG